AACUUGGUGAAUUAUCUUUAGUUUCCAUGUAAUCUCUUUAUUAAUCAAGCCAAAACGCAGUGCUCUCUAAUGGAAGGUACACUGAACAUUUUGCCUCUAAAACGCGCAGGUUCAAAUGAGUCGCAUGUAAAGGGAAAUAAAAGGAUGAAAGAUACGAAGGAAAAAGUAACUGAUUACGCCAAGCCAUUUGCAAUUCGUGGUUUACUGGAGCGGUUAGAUAGUGGGAGAUAUGGAAGUGUUACGGACGAUAUCCGAUCACUUUUUUACCGGAGAGCUCAAUUGAUACAUCCGUGUUUGGCUAUGCAUCCUACGCUGUCGAAUGAGCCACGUGGUCGAGGGAUGAGUUUCGGUGAGGGAAAGUGUAAUGUGACUGAUUUGGAUGAUGAUGAGAUUGAGGGUGGUGGUGAUUCUGUUGGAAAUGUUGUUGUGGGGAGAACGCCGGUUGUGGUUAUUGACUCGGACGAUGAUGAGAGUAAUGAGAAUAGGAUGGUUGGGCAUUUUCAGGGGAUUGUUUUGCCUAAGCCUGAGGGGCAAUUUUCCACUGACGUUAUGGUUAGUGACAAUGUUGGUAGAAGAAUUCAAGGAGAAGUAGCGAGCCUUACUGGUGAACCUGACUCCAAGAAAGAUAAAGGUGUUUAUGUUGGUGUAGAGGACGAUGAAGUUGACACGGAGAUCAAAGAUGAUGGUCUUCAGGUUAGUGACAAUGUUGGUAGAAGAAUUCAAGGAGAAGUAGCGAGCCGUACUGGUGAACCUGACUCCAAGAAAGAUAAAGGUGUUUAUGUUGGUGUAGAGGACGAUGAAGUUGACACGGAGAUCAAAGAUGAUGGUCUUCAGGUUAGUGACAAUGUUGGUAGAAGAAUUCAAGGAGAAGCAGCGAGCCUUGCUGGUGAACCUGACUCCAAGAAAGAUAACGGUGUUUAUGUUGGUGUAGAGGACGAUGAAGUUGACACGGAGAUCAAAUAUGAUGGUCUAGGAGAUAUCUGGAAAGAAAUGUCAUUUGCAUUGGAAUGUUCCAAGGAUGUUGUUGAAAAUUCUCCAUCUGAUGAAAACAUGGAAGAAGAUGAAGAUUAUUGUGAUCACUCUUUUGUCUUGAAGGAUGAUAUUGGUUAUGUUUGUCGCAUAUGUGGGGUUAUUGAGAGAGCAAUUUAUACUAUAAUUGAAAUCCAGUUUAAUAAGGUCAAAAGGAAUACAAGGACUUACAUCUCUGAAUCCCGGAAUGCCAAGGACAGAGAUUCAAAUGGGACGGUUGGAGCUGACUUGUUUGAAGAAGAUUUGAUGGUAACUGACAUCCCUGCUCAUCCAAGGCACAUGAAGCAAAUGAAACCUCAUCAAGUGGAGGGUUUCAAUUUUCUUCGCAAUAAUUUGGUGGCAGAUAAUCCAGGGGGGUACCUGGCUCAUGCUCCGGGAUCCGGUAAGACAUUUAUGAUAAUCAGUUUUAUGCAAAGUUUCCUAGCCAAAUAUCCACAUGCAAAACCGCUAGUGGUGCUUCCAAAAGGAAUAUUACCUACAUGGAAAAGGGAGUUUCAGAUAUGGCAAAUCGAGGAUAUUCCACUGUAUGAUUUCUACUCUGUUAAAGCAGAUAGUAGGCGGCAACAAUUGGAGGUCUUGAACCAGUGGGUGGAGCAGAAGAGUAUACUUUUCUUAGGGUACAAACAGUUCUCCUCUAUUGUAUGUGAUGAUGGGAAGAACCAAGUGUCAGUUACUUGCCAGGAGAUAUUGCUAAGAAGACCUUCAAUUCUAAUUUUGGAUGAAGGCCAUACUCCGAGGAAUGAGAAUACAGACGUGUUACAAUCUCUAGCCAAAGUGCAGACACCUCGUAAAGUUGUGCUGUCUGGAACCCUCUACCAAAAUCAUGCCAAGGAGGUGUUCAAUGUAUUGAAUCUAGUUCGUCCGAAGUUCUUGAGGAUGGAUACCUCCCGAGCUAUUGUCAAGCGCAUCUUGAGUAAAGUAAACAUUCCAGGUGCAAGGAAGCAAUUCAAAGCAGGUGCAGGUGCAGCUUUCUAUGACUUGGUAGAGCAAACCAUACAGAAAGACCAAGAUUUCAAAAGGAAGGUGACUGUUAUACGAGAUCUGCGUGAGAUGACUAGCAAGGUUCUUCAUUAUUAUAAAGGAGAUUUCUUGGAUGAGCUUCCAGGGCUAGUUGAUUUCACUUUGAUGCUGAACCUCAGUUCCAGACAGAAGCACGAGGUGAAAAAGUUGAAGAAGUUGGCAAUGAAGUUCAAGAGAAGUUCUGUUGGGAGUGCUGUUUAUCUACACCCAAAGUUGAACUCCUUCUCCGAGAACUCUGCCAUAACUGAUGAUAUGAUGGAUGACUUGCUAGAGACAGUAGAUGUGAGAGAUGGAGUCAAGGCGAAAUUCUUUCUCAAUAUAUUAAGCUUAUGCGAGUCAGCUGGGGAGAAGCUCCUGGUUUUCAGCCAGUACCUCACACCGUUGAAGUUUUUAGAAAGACUUGUGAUAAAAGUAAAGGGCUGGAUUUUAGGAAAAGAAAUCUUUGUGAUCUCUGGCGAGUCAAGUUCUGAUCAUCGGGAGUGGUCCAUGGAGCGUUUCAACAACUCCACGGAUGCUAAAGUAUUCUUUGGGUCCAUUAAGGCAUGUGGAGAAGGGAUAUCACUGGUGGGAGCAUCUCGGAUAAUUAUCCUAGAUGUUCACCUUAAUCCUUCAGUAACUUGCCAGGCGAUAGGACGUGCAUUCCGACCUGGGCAAACAAAGAAAGUGUAUGCAUAUAGGUUGGUCGCUGCUGAUUCACCUGAAGAGGAAGAUCAUACCACUUGCUUCAGGAAGGAAGCAAUCGCAAAAAUGUGGUUUGAAUGGAAUGAAUACUGUGGUUACCAGGAUUUUGAGGUGGGGACUGUUGAGUUGGAUGACAGUGGAGAUCGCUUCUUGGAAAGUCUGCUGGUGAGGGAAGAUGUAAGGGUUUUGUAUAAAAGGUAGGACCUGGCGAUGAUACGGUUGAAGCACUGGAGUUGGUGGAGAUAAAUUAUUACUUCUGACUCAGAAACUGUACAUACUUUCCUGGUCCAUGGUCUUAAAGCAAUGCAGACAGAUAUCUUAAAAGUUGAAAGCAAGAUUGAAAAAUAGAUGCAAAGUUAUCAUUUCUAGGUUGUUUAUUCCCAACUUGUUUCACUUGUCUUUAGGUGGACGAACUUACUGCGCGCACCUCCAGAAUUUUAGCCUUUGUAAAUAUUCAUCAGUGUUUUUUCAUAGUUUUUCUGUUAAGUGAUUGUAAUCAGCUGAAGUAUAGGAUGCAUGUCUUUGUGCUUGUAGCAUUCAAAGGUUUUGCGCUCUUAAUCAGCUUUGUGACUGAUGAUUGUACAGGGAACCAUGGGGACGAGACAGGAUGACAAAUACGAAUUGCUUGGUCUUUAAUUAUCUGGUUUA